UUUCCUCUUUUGCAUUAGUCCGUCGUGUCAUUUUCUCCGCAAGGUCCAUGUGUAUUCGAUCGUCGAGAAGUCUCUUCUGCGGCCGCGAAUAAAUACAAAAGAAAAACUCCUUUCUUUUUUUUAAAGUAAAAUCCACACCACACUACAAAGAUUCCAAAUUCGGGAUAUCGCUGCCCAAAUCGAAACUCUCGUCUUAAAUCCAUAAAGCAUAGUCAGUGUCUCGAAAUAAAUACACUUCAAAGAACACACAUCACAUCACACACCAGAAAUUCAGUGAAUUUGUGCUGCAAAAAUGCUAAUCAAAGAAUACCGAGUUACAUUGCCAUUGACUGUUGAAGAGUAUCAAGUUGCACAACUGUUCUCCGUUGCGGAAGCAUCCAAGAACGAAACAGGCGGUGGUGAAGGUAUUGAGGUGCUCAAAAAUGAACCAUUCACCAAUUAUUCUUUAUUGGGUGGAAAAUAUAAUUCAGGCCAAUAUACAUAUAAAAUCUAUCACUUGGCAUCAAAAGUUCCAUCUUUUAUAAGACUGUUGGCCCCAAAAGGUUCCUUAGAAAUACACGAGGAAGCAUGGAAUGCAUACCCAUAUUGUAGAACUGUUAUAACGAAUCCUAAGUAUAUGAAAGGUAACUUUAAAUUAUUUAUAGAGUCGUUACACUUAGAAGGCCCUGGAGAUUUAGAAAAUGUUCAUGAAUUGCCACCAGAGAAGCUUAAAGUACGUGAUGUUGUUCACAUUGAUAUUGCCAAUGACCCUGUGGUGUCUGCCGACUACAAACCUGAUGAAGAUCCAACAAAAUUCAAGUCAGAAAAAACUGGUCGAGGCCCGCUGGUUGGACCUGACUGGAAAACUAAAGUAGACCCCGUAAUGACAUGUUACAAGCUAGUUACAUGUGAAUUUAAAUGGUUUGGAUUUCAAUCUAAGAUAGAAAGUUUUAUUCAAAAAUCAGAAAGGAGAUUAUUUACAAAUUUCCAUCGGCAAGUGUUCUGUUGGACGGAUCGUUGGUAUGGACUUACAAUGGAUGAUAUUCGUGCCAUUGAAGAAAAAACCAAAGAAGAACUAGACAAACAACGUCAAGUCGGUGAAGUGAGAGGUACUCGUGCCGAUUCUGACUAAAUUCCAUGUCAAUAUUUUCCAACAACAAACAAAAAAUAUAUAAAAAAAACAACAACAACAACUGAGCAUUAUAGUGUUAAAAACGUAAAGUAAAAAUAGCAAAAACAAUUAUAAAACAAAAGCAGCAAACUGAAAAUAAGAAAAAACAACAGUAGCAAGUAGGCAAGUAAAAAAUUGAGCAAUGAAAAAAUUUUAAAAAAAUAUAUAAUUAUUGUAAAAAUAUGCAAGUAAACGGUAAAAACGAUUAAAAAAAGGAAAAAAAAAGAGAUAAAUGUGUUAUUAUUGAUAUAGAUAUAUAUAUAUAUUAAAUAUUAUUUAUUUGUAAAUGCGCUUAGGUGUAUUAUUCUAUUCUCUUAUAAAUGUGUGAGGAGACAAAACAAAACAAACAAAAAAUAAAAUAGAAUACAAAAGUUAUAAUAAAAAUCUAUAAAACAAAAAAAAAAACUUACAAAACAAAACAUGCCAGACAAAAGUAAAGAACAAACUUUUCACAGGAAAGUUUAAAAAAAAGAAGAAAAUUAGUAUUAAAGCAUAUAUUUAACUAUAUAUAAAUAAAUUCAAACAGAAAAAAUGCAAAAAAAUGGUUUAUUACAUGAAAUUAAGUAUUUUAAUCGUAAACGUAUUUAACAUUUACAUACAUAUAUACAAAUUAUAAAUAUACAUAUAUCUCUAUAGAUGAAGUCAUUGGGCAAGGUUACACAAAACUCAGAAUUUCAAGAAUUUGGACUCGUAAUAGUUUAAAAUAACUACACACAACAUUGUUAUAUUGUUGAAUGCAAUAACACGACAUCUAGGGCUCAUAAUGGGUAUUUUUUCUUUUUAAGAAUUUCACAAUUUUAAAUUUUAAUAAAACGUUGAUAAAUCUGUUUUUGGUUCUAUUUCUUCGUAUAUUUGGAGAUUUUUCGUAGAUAUGAAUUGUUGACCAAUAUCGUUGCUAUGCAAAAUUGAGUUCGGUCCUGUCCUUUUUCAAAAGGUCCUUUCACUUAAAGAGACAAUUCACCAUUUUUCGAGUGUUAGGAUGUUCCACCUUACUUUUUAUUUUACCAUAGUAUGUGCUCUUCGCUCAUUCAAGCUUGGUGGCCUGCCUACCGCAUUCUACCGAGAUCAAUUUUUGUUUUAGAAUAUAUGCUUUGAAUUGUAUAGUCAUACAAAAAUCGGUAGUCCUUAUGUGCAGAGCCUACAAUGUUUGGUAAGAUUUAAAAUUUGAAAUACGAACAUCUACUGUAUUUGCAAUAUGUUGGUUUCUGAAUACAAUUUUCUUCCAGACUAGUGAUAAAUAAAUUAAAUUCUUGUUAAGAUUGGGCAGGUUAAGGCGACAUAAGGGACUUGAAAGUAAGACAAGUUUCUUGUAUCUGAUUGGCCAGCUGCCAAAAAUUUGCCUUCCAAUUAAGGCAAUUUCAUUGGAAAGUUGACUGGAAAAUUAAUCCCGAAAGAUCUCCCUAACUAUCAAGUCAAGUCUACUUUUGUCAAAAUGAUAGUUGAUCAUGUUUUUUCAUUCAACUGAAAGCUGAACUUUAUUACUCUAUGAUUUACUUAUUUUCUGCACAACUUCAUUUAAUGCCUUCUGUAAAAAAGUUCUUUGUAAAUUUGGAAAAGAAAUAAGUAAUAUUUCUUUACAAUACAAAGCUUGCCUGAGGAGUGUUUUGUAGACAAUAAUGAUUUUGGUACUUUUUGUGCUCUAAAACUUAAAGUGAAGGUUUGUGAAGUAAAGUUCUGAAUUUGAAAUUCAUGACACUUGAAAAACUAACUAGUUGGCUUGGUCAAAAUGUACGUUCAAAGAAUGGAGUUGACUGCAAAUGAAGUCCCUUAUGUUGUCUGAACCUGCCCCAUACUAUUUCCUAGUCUGGUAAACAAUGCAAUGAAAUGAAAGCUAUUUUUGAGCAAGUUUAUAAGAAUAUAUUAGAAUAAGGACAGACUCUUUUUGAGAUUGAAAUCAGUUUACCAGCAACACCAGUUGCGAUUAAUGAAUGCAAUGUUAACAUCUAAGGUAUAUUGCGUUCCAUGUACUUGUAUGCAUUCUUUUCUAAAAGAAUGUUUGGGAUAUUUUUAAAAAAGUUUUCUUAUUUCAUUGUUUAAUACAAGUCUGCAUUAACAGAGAAGAACUAAAAUUUUAAUACCUGGUGUAGUACACGAAAACUUAAUUAAAAUACCUUCGUCCAUUUUUCUACUUUAUCAAUCUUUAAUUUUCCACCCUAUAAAAACUUAUAGGUCACAAAGAAAAUGUUCAACAUUAAUCAGCCCUAUCAUGAAUUCCAUCGUAAUCGGAAAUUUUACGAAUCCCGAAAAACUGUAUUAUGAAAUCCGUUCGUAAUGCAAAAUUGUAUGAGAUUUUCCACUACGAACGGAUUUCAUGAUACAGUUUUUCGGGAUUCGUAAAAAUUUCCAAUUACAAUGAAAUUUAUGAUAGGGCUGAAUAUGUCUUUCUUGUGGUACGUCUGCAUACCAAAAGUAUCCCUUUUUAGAACCAAUGCUGAUUUCUCGCUGCUCGUGAACUUGCUUUUUAUCAACUAAAGAUGUGUACUCUUUAUUCAAUUAUUCUUGGAAAUAGUUUGUUAGAAGCCAUGGGCAUUGAAUGUCCAUAAUUAAGAUUUAUAGGGACAAUAGUUUUGAAUUAAUUAAAAAAUGGACAUAAAUGGUAAACACAGAAUUUAGAAAGAGUUGUUUGCUAUUUGUCAUAUGAUCUACCCAUUUUGAUUUACCUUUGAUGUUCUGCUACAAUAAGAACAGGACGAAUAAGGGUAAUUUUGUUGUGAUAAGGGUUUCCACAAUAUAAUUUGAAUAAGGUGUUUUGUUACACUUGAGCGUUCAAUAAUUGCCACCAUGUUAAGACAGUUUGGUUAAUAUGACUUUAAGGUUGUCGAAAUUAGUAAAGGGUAAUGGCAGCUAACCAAAAUGAAAUCUAAUUCUACAAAAUUGUAUAUUCUUGCCACCACCUUUGGUUUGUUGAAAUAUUUUUUAAAACACACAUAUUUGAAUAAUUAGAUAUUUUUACUGUAACACCCAAAACGGCACGCAUUUUAAACUCAAUGGUUGGAAAAAAUUAAGAAUUUAUGAGUCUGAGUAGGUGCUAUUAAAAGAACUUUAAAAAAAACCCUCAAUAUGAAAUGAGUCUUGUUUUGCUUUGUCCAAUAAUUUCAUAUUAUAUUUCGAAAGUAAGUUUCGAACGUCCAACACCACCACUUUCAAAAUAUAUAAAAAAAGCAUCCAAUAUUUUAAUUAAAAUUUACUAAUUAAACCUCAAAACAAAAAUUUUAACAAAAAGAUCUGAUUGACAUUUUUAGCAGCAAAAAAAAUUAAAUAAAUAUAUUUACAUAAAUUUUCCUCUUAAACUUAAAAAUAAACAACAAAAAAAAAUAAAAACUUAAAAAAAAUAAUUAAUAAAUAAAGAACAUAAUAAAUAGUGGGAUUAUUUCUAUAAAACUUUCUUUUUCGCGCUGAUCACUUGUAAGAUAUAUACUGUACGUAGCAAUACAAGAAAUCUAUAUAUUUAUUUCCUAUAAUUUGUAGAAAUUAAAAAAGUUAACAACUUACACAAGAAGUUUUUAAAAUAGAAGAACAAAAAACAAAACAAGAAAACGUCUAUGCAUUAAAAUACACAUUUAUACUACUACCAUAUAAAUAAUUUUCUUUUUGGUUUUUAUUUUCUAGCUCUUCUUAAAUAAAUAACAGCAUAUAGCAAAGCAAAAACAGAUAAUAGGCACUCACAAAAAUGGUGUAUUCUUAAAUUAUUUUAUAUUUACGAAAUUCAAAGAAUUUUUAGAUAUUUAAAUGUGUAACAAAGAGGUAACAAAGAAGUUAAAAAUAAACAAAAACAAAAAUAAUAAAAGAUAAAUAACAAUUUUAAAUUUCUCAAUCUCCAUUGUAAUUCCUUUAUUUUGUAAAUAAGAAAACAAAAUUCAAUUACAAAUAAACUAAAAAUUACUAAUAUAUAAAACUAAACAAGUUAUAUAUUUAAAAAAAAGUAAAAAAUGUUUUUAAAUACAAUCUAAUUCGAAUGUUUUAAUUUUUCGAAAUAUAU